AUGCGACUCCUCGCACAUUAUUUGAAAACAGUCGUAAGUGGCAAGUGAGUCAGUUCCUCGGUCAAUCCGGUUCUAUUAUUGUUUUCUUUUCAGUGGGAACGUCUUCGAAGGAAUCCCUACUACGCCGGAGCAAGUCAAUUCGAGGCUAAACACGUCUACAUCACUAUUGAAGACGAGAAAUUGGCGUGCACGUUUGAAUGUGUCAAUUUCCGUCACAAACAAUCCAAACUUCAUAAAUCCCGGAAAACCAUCCAAAAGUCGCGGGAAAUGGCUGUUUUCAACGGACACACAAGUGUGCGACCACAUUCGAGGAUCUAGCUUCUAAUUGGAAGGUAUUGCGAAAUAAUUAUCUUUAUUUAUCGGACGUCGAACUCUUAUUCUGACUCGGAAAGGCCCUAAAUGAUUUUUUGCUAAAAUCUGAUCUUAGACAUCCCACACCAUGCUUUGUUUUUUCAGCAACCGGCAAUGGAAUCGCGAUCAAGAAUCACAUAUCCCUUUGCCGGAUCCGUCUGAUUUAUCUGCUGCCAAUGACAAACAACAGUUUGAAUGCUUGAGCCAAAAUCACAUUUUGCUGCUGUACAACUGGAAGAGCAGAGUGAACUGAAUGAAAACUCGUCUUCUGAGGUUCUGUUCGGGCUGUCUCUCGGCACACGUCACCAAUCACACGGAGACUCGGCAAGCCUGCUAUUGGAUGGUUUCGCACAUUUUUGGAGACCAGACACAAGUCGAAAGUAAGUCAGUUCUCCUGUCAAUCCGGUUCUAUUAUUAUUGUCGUUUUUUUCAGUGAAAACAUCUUCAGAGAUAUUCUGCGGAGAGGCGGAACAGUUUCUUCGCUCACCGCUACAAGAUUGUUCCGCUACCCGUCAAAUAAAGACGAUCAAACAAAUGGACAGAAGCGGAAUCCAGGCAUCCGCGAGUUUGCGGAUGCCACAAAAAGGAUCUACCAGAUAGAAGAGGACCAUUUUUGCACAGGCAUCGGGAGUGUGACUAUCGUCACGGAGAAUUCGGCGAAUUCGUCGAACACGUGCGGAACAACAUCCGAAGCCGGUGCACGUCGAUGCCUUCUGUCCUCGCAACAAAUUUGCUAAAAUUUCAGUCAUUUUUCGAUAAAUGUCGCUGUUCAAACGCUCAAAAUGCUUGUAUUACACUGAUUUUAUCUGAAAACUGUUCGGAUCUGCCGAUAUGAUCACAACCGAUCCUUGCAAAGAGAAAAUGGGUUAUUUGGCGCGGAAAUUCAAUUGGGACAACCCGAAAACGAACGGAAUCGCCGGAUUCCAGGGUGAAAUCACUAUUUUCAGCAUUUCCAGUAGAACUUUCCGUCCGAACAAAUUCGACGUGCAACUGGAACAGUCCGACAAACGGAUCUCACACGGCCCGUGAAAAUUGGAUCAGAAUGACAAAUGUUGGAGUUACAAGUUCGACUUUGAACUGAAACCGACUCGUAAGAAGGAUGAUUUAAGUAUUCUGGAGAUGAACUUCAAGCACACCAAACUAACCGACGUGAUUCUUUUCGUCGACGGAAAACAGAUGCACGUCAACAGAAAUGUAAAUGAUCAGAUGGAAAAUGGUCGAAACUUUUUAAUUUUCAGUUCCUCUCCGUCCAUUCCGAUUAUUUCCGCGCCUGCUUCUCGUCCGAAUUCAAGGAAACGUCAAUGAAUGAGAUUCCGAUCGAAGACGUCGAUUAUGAAAAUUUCGCACGACUCUUGAGCACAGUUUACCCGUACUGUUCUCAGCCAACACUGCGCCAAAGCUACUGGAACUCGCCGAUCGAUUCAUGA